CACCACCUCACCACCACCGCCGCCGCCAACCGCUUGCUCCACGUCCUUAGCCAGGCUGCCUCAGCCACGCCGAGACCCCUCCUCGCUCGCUGCCUCCGCCGCAAAAUCCAACCUCCCACAACAUCACCACCCAUCCCUUGUCAAGCCCUGCGUUCGAUCGCAGGCAAACAGUAGCCCAUCAUGGCGCGGGUCUACGCAGAUGUCAACCAGAACAUGCCCCGCAGCUACUGGGACUACGACAGUGUGAACAUCAGCUGGGGCGUUCUUGAGAACUACGAGGUGGUCAGGAAAAUUGGUCGCGGAAAGUACUCGGAGGUCUUCGAAGGCAUCAAUGUCGUCAACUACCAGAAGUGCGUCAUCAAGGUCUUGAAGCCUGUGAAGAAGAAGAAGAUCAAGCGUGAGAUCAAGAUCCUGCAGAACCUGGCGGGAGGCCCCAACGUUAUUGCACUGUUGGAUGUGGUUAGGGAUUCGCAAAGUAAGACGCCGUCCCUCAUCUUCGAGCAUGUCAACAACACCGACUUCCGAAGCCUCUACCCCAAGUUCAACGAUCUCGAUGUUCGAUUCUACAUCAACGAGCUGCUGAAAGCCCUCGACUUUUGUCACAGCAAGGGUAUCAUGCACCGCGACGUCAAGCCUCACAACGUUAUGAUCGAUCAUGAGAACAGAAAGUUGCGGCUCAUCGAUUGGGGUUUAGCCGAGUUCUACCACCAGGGCACCGAAUACAACGUGCGUGUGGCUUCCAGAUAUUUCAAGGGCCCCGAGUUGUUGGUCGAUUUCCAGGAGUACGACUACAGUCUCGACAUGUGGAGCCUGGGCGCUAUGUUUGCCUCUAUGAUCUUCCGCAAGGAGCCCUUCUUCCAUGGCAACUCGAACUCGGACCAACUCGUUAAGAUCGCCAAGGUCCUCGGUACAGACGACCUCUUUGACUACCUUGACAAGUACGAGAUCGAGCUUGAUGCUCAGUACGACGACAUCCUGGGCCGCUUCCAGAAGAAGCCCUGGCACUCCUUCGUGACCGCCGAAAACCAGCGUUUCGUCAGCAACGAAGCGAUCGACUUCUUGGACAAGCUGCUGCGAUACGACCACCAGGAACGCCUCACUGCCAAAGAGGCCCAGGCACACCCCUACUUCAACCCCGUCCGGGAUCCCGAGGUUUUCAAGCAACACCUAGCCAGCCAGACUGCGUCCGGCGUAAGCAGCAACUGAACCAUUCCAACUUACUAAGUUUGGGAGACCUAAUCAUGCCCACUGAACACUCUGGAUCCACCUCCCCAUAAAAAGGCUGUGCACAGCAGGCAUUAUGCCGCUGGCGGCCUGAUCAGGACGCUUACCUGCAUCCGUGAGCGGACCUGCACGUGUAGACUCCAGACAAAACCAACUCCUCUCUAGUGCGGGUCUGAAUCGGAGCAACGGAUGAAGCAUAAAGCAAGACCUUCGUACCCCUUGUCUCACUAAAUGGAAUGACUAUUCGGAAUGACUUCUCAAGAUCGGUUCUAUUCGCAGGCAGCGACACAAAUAGCGGUUCACCCAGCAUAUCAAGGCGUAGGACGUCGAUACAGGUGGCGAGGAAGAGGGACAGAGAGGUAGUGGAAGCAACAGGGAUAUACGGCUUGUGCAUGGAUCCGGGUUCCGCCAACGUGGAUUGUGUGACGGCGUUUGCGAGGGUUGGGCUCCCUGUCGGCUCCAAGUGGCCUAUGGGGUCACACCCACGAGUUUGCAUACGCGGUUCUUGAUGAUAUUUCUUUUACAGAGACUCUCUGGUAUUCAUUCGAUGUAGCGACUAAUGAGGAAGUAAUUCAUGCUUCCAUGACCAUUCUCUCUGCAAGACCGGCCUUCAUCUGUUUCCAUCCCAAUGGGCGCACUCCGGUCAUCUCAGAUAUAUUCUUCGCCUUGGCUACGUCAUCUUUU